AUGAACAUACUGCUGUGGAUUGCUUUAUUCCUGGGAAUGUGCACAUGCGAGACAUUCCACGUGUCUGGAGACAAAGUUUUCACGCUGGGGCUGCGCCUAACUGAGGGCAGGUCCACAAGGCUAGAAAUGAACGUGUCCGGCGAAAAAAUAGACGACGGGGUGCUCUAUCUAAAGAAUCCCUCAAAGGGGGUGAUACGCACGUUUAAGUUUGAAAACGAGACGGAAAUGGCAAUGUCUUUUAUACCCGAGAAAACUGGAGACUACAACUUGGUUUUGGAAAACCCAUCGAAAAGAACGAUUCUUUUCACGGUGAUUCUCCCAGAGACAGACGAAGGGCCGUUUGCAUCGCAGGUUGAGACAAACCUGGGGAAGGACCUUGAAGAGCUUCUGCGAAGAAUCAUCAGCUCGCACAAGUCUCUCCUCACCAGGCAGAUUGAGCACUUAGAGAAGGCAAAAAACACAAAGAGCUGGAUAAAGAAACUUACGUUGUUUGAGGUGGGCCUGUGCUUGAUGGCGCUGUACUAUGUCCACACAGAGGCUGUUAAAACAUUCUACAGCACGCGGAAAAUGUAA